AUGUUAGAUGAGAUUAAUAUACAAAAGUGUAGUUAUUCAACCGAUAAAUUAGAAUCUGAUAUAAAUAAUUUUAAUAUAAAGAGUUGUAAUAUAAAUAGUUUCAAUACCAGAAUAAGUGUAUUAUAUGAUAUAUUAAUUAAUAAAUGUAAAUUGGACGAAAAUUGGAAAUUUAAAAUCGAAUUAAUUUCAUACAAAUCAAUAGAUGAUAUAAAAUUUUUAAAUAAUUUAAAUUUAUUGCAAUCAUAUCUUGAAACGAAGUAUAAAAACAUAAAAAAUGUAGAUGGAAAUAUAAAUGAAUCAGAAAAUUUUAAACUAGCGUCUUUGAAUUUUGAGAAUGAAGAAAUAUUGAAGUAUAUAACAUACUACUUGGUGGAAUUCGUAUGUGAAAUCGAAAGGAAGUUGAAAAUCAAAAAUUAUAAACAGAAAAUUGUCAAAUUGCUUCUAAUUAUACCCAAUGUUAACUAUUAUAUAACCAACUAUGUUAGUGAUGUUGUGGCCGAAUUACAACAAAACACAGCACAAAUCACUUUGUACCAUAAUAUCUAUAUAACAUUAUCGCUGAUUGUGGAAAAUGGAAUAAGAACCCUAAAGUUAAAUAAACUUUGUAAUAAAAUAAUAAACACAUACAUCAAUAACCAGAAAAUAGAACUAAAUAAUGUCGAAUUUUUAUCACCAGAUGUUGUUUUGGAUUUUUUAGUAUGCACAGGCACUAACUCUAAUGACAAGGUAAACGGUGGAAUUGUUAGUAAAGUGGAUGAAAUUGUACUCAAAUGUAUGAAUGUGAUACUAGCAAACCACCUAUAUAGCCCCGGCAAUGUGAGUUCAAUAUAUACUCUGUUAAGGUAUUUUUAUAAUAUAAUAUCCAAUAAUGUGUUGACAAAUGAACACACAACAGUUGUGACAUGUAAUUUUAUAUACGCGCUUGAAUUAUUAUAUGACCAUUUUGAUGCUAGAGUUUACACAGCCCUGUUAAGAAUAAGCAGAAAUAACAGUUAUAAAUUGGUCGAAAAGUCAAUUUUGAUAUUUUUGAGCCAUUCGACAAAGGAAUUUGAGGAUGGAGAAAAUUUGAUUAGUCAUGAAUUUUCACUAGAGUGGAAUGAAAUAUUGAAUAAUUGUUAUAAGAUAAUAAUAAAUGAAUUGAAUAACCAUAAUAACAAAUAUAUAAGCAAUUAUAUACUCGUCCAAUUGAUACACCUAUAUUUGAUUAACAUAAAUAAAUUAGCAGUAACAUAUUUUGUGAACACAAUUGAUGAAGAGGCUCAGUAUAAAGCAGGUUUGAGAGAAAAAUUGGUAAACUUGUUUAAAUUAAUAUCAUCAAAUGAUAUAGAUGAUAAGAAAUUGUUAAAGUAUUUAAUCUCGACAAUUAAGAGAAUUGACGGAAAGUUUGUCCCGGGAACAAUUUGUGAAGUUAAGGAGUCAGUAAAUUUGGAGAAACUAUAUGGCUAUUACAGCAAGUUGGAAAAUGGAAGUGUAAUAUACACUAUAAUGGUACAUAACGGACUUAAAUAUAUAAUGUACAGCACAAGUGGUUGUGUUACGAAUAAGGUUAGUUUGGAACAAUUGCUGUGUGAAGGAGUUCCGUUGGUAUCUGAGAGUGAAGUUGACGACAGAAUGAUAACGAGUGAUAAGUUAACAAUGAUGGAAAAGUUGAUAGUUAACACAAAUGAACAAUUGGUUAAUUUAAUCCCAAAUUAUAUUAAAAUACUUAUAUACGUUAAUCAAAUGAAGAUGAGUGAAAAAAAGAUUGAUAAAGGUAUAGUGGAGCAUGAGGUUAAUGGAAACCAUUAUAAAGAAUAUAAUGGCUUAGAUAAACAAGUUGAUGUGAAUAGAGAAGUGCUGAGUAAAUAUAACCUGAGGAAAAUUUUAGAAGAAGUAGAAAACGCUGAAAUUAUUGAACUUAAAGAUCUUAACUUCCUUCUGACAAUUCUCAUAAAUAAUCUCAAGAACAUAACAAUUAGUACCAAAACUGAAAGACAAUGUAAGUUGAGAACUAAGUUAUUCUCGGCACCAGAAUUGAACAAGUAUAUAUUGGUAUCAGGAACGGAAACUACGGAUGAGAUUGAAGUGAUUGUGGACGACAAAUAUAAACUGGAUAAAAAAACAUUGUACCAUAACCUGUACUAUAAUAAUAUCAAUAUAGUGAUGAACAUAAUAAGGUUCAUUUCAAUUAAAAAGAAAUUGAACCAGCUAUUUGUGUUAAAGUUCCUUCUGACGCGUGUACUCUACAACGUUAACAUGUGUAACCAGAAUUAUUUCAUAUUCCUGAUUAACAAUAUAAUAAACAAUAUAAUAAUUAGAAUAGCGGCGUGUGGUGGAGUUGUUAAAAAUGACAAGAUUAACGAGAAUGAAGAUGAGGAAGAGUUAGUAAUAGGAGAAAUAUUAGUACUACUGUAUAAUAACUUAAAUAACGAUGUAGCGGUUAAUAUACUAAAUAAUUUCAUUGUUAAAUUGCAUGAAAAUAUAGAAGGUGGACGCUUAAUUGGAAUAAAACCAUUAUUCUCAUGCCUCUUAAAAAAGUUGUAUUCAUUGUUCAAGGAAGUUAAAGUUGACGAUAAAUUGUUGCUGUUUAACACGACGUUGGAAGUGCAGAAGUUGAUUGAGAGAAUUUACAAUGAGAAAUUAAAUAGAAGUGAAGGUGAAGAGGAUCACCACAGUGAUGUUUUGCUGAGUUAUAUCAAGGAAAACGAAAGCCUGUUGCAGAGUGUAAAUACAAGUAAAUAUGAAGUUAACGUAUAUUACAUACUAUUAUAUUUGAAAUGCGCCAGUAAUUACAACAAAGAUAUGAGGAAUAGAAGGAUUAAUAAUAUUCUGAACAAUUAUAUAAAUAGAACAUUAAAUAUGGGAGUUGAUACAAAGAUCAAUGAAACUAGAACAAAACACAUAUUGGAAACGAUAUUGAAUAUAAUAAAACAAUAUCACGAGAACCUAAACCAAUAUAUUAACAACAAUGUUAACAUACUGCCGAUUUUGAAUUUGCUGAAUCACUACAUAGAAAUUGAUUAUAAUUGCAUUGAUAAUGAAGUGAUGGUUCAAAUAUACAAGUAUUUGGUGUCAAUAAUGAAUAAAGUGGUAAAUAAAUAUAUUUCAUAUAAUAAUAACAUGGUAUUCUUGGACUGCAGAGGAUAUUACAUAGAAAAUAGUGGAGAAAGAAUUGGUAGUGGAGAUAAGGAUGGAGUUGACGACGAACCUAAGAUGAAAAACUAUUUAAUAUACAAGCUAAUGUUUGAAGUGAUAAGUCUAAUAAGGAUUAUGGUGGAGAAAUUGGAGAUGGAUUUGCACCGCUUUAACAUUCUGGUGAUCAAUUACAUAAUCAAUAUCAGGAACAUCUCGAUCAUUGACAAGUUUAACAAUUUGUUAAGUAUUACCUUGAGAAAGUAUGUAAAUACUAGUACAGGUGUGUUAGACUACAACAGCGUUGUUAAGGUAAAAAAUCAUGUAAAAGAUGAAGUUGAGAGUGAAGAUACCAGAAAAGAGUGUGGGAGACUAGAUGAGGCAAACAAGUUAUUUAAAGAUUUUAUUAACGAUGUUAAGAGUGGAAGGAACGGAGCAGAUAGGUUUGUAAAGUCGAAAAUCACAGUCAACUGCACAGAGGAAAAUAAUAAACUGAUGUUCUACAUACACUACAUGGUAAACAUACUGCUACAUAAUGACUACACAAACAUUAAAGUAAAUGAAACAAUUUCUGGGGGUGAAAAGCUUAAUUUCGUUGGCGACUUUGAGGAGUUUGAAGUUAAGGUGGGUGAAAUGGAUAUAAACAUAAGGUGUGAGUACAUAAGCAUGAUAUUUAUGACGAUAAUAAAGACGAUUAACAAUAAGAAUGCGGGAAACAAGGUUCUGAUGAUCAAUAACAUCAUAAGCCUGCUUUUGGAAAUAAUAGACGGUGUUAACGUAAACGUUGUGAUCAAUAUAUUGAGGUACAUUUACAGGUGUGUGCACAGCAAGUACAUCAACUCAACAACACUGAACAACACAAUCAACAACAUUAAGUCAAUAUAUGAUAACACAGAUGGCAAAUUCACGAUUAACUGGAAAUUGAAUAAUAGCAUAUUACUAUUAUUAUCAACAAUCAUAUCAUGUCACACAUUAAAUAAUACCACUGAAAACAAAAAUAGUAUUGGAGAUGAGAAUAUUCCUAAACUUGAUAAUCAGGUGAAUGAAAAUCCAAAUACAAUUGAUUUUAAUAAUGGAAAUCGCGAUUCAAUACUGAGACUGAUAAAAAGGUAUAAAACUAAGUAUGUAAGUUUGUUUAUAUAUUAUUUUCAUCAAAUAAAUUCUGUUAUGGAAAAUAGUAAAGAUGGAGAUGGAUAUCCUGGGCUUUGUGCUCAUGAAAAACCAGUUGUUGAUUCAUUGAUAAAAUACUGCAUCAACAAUAAACUGUUAAGUAAUAACAAGUUAUACGUGCUGUUGUUUAAAUACUGUUAUAAAACGAGACAUAGGUUCUUGAAUUACUUAUUAAACGAUGUUAAGGAAAAUUAUAAUGAGAUUACAUUUUACGUCAAGUUUCACGUGAUCCAGAUACUUUUUGAUUCACCAAAGUGUUAUUACGAGUGUGGUAUGACAGAGCAUAACUUGUUAACAAUUAAUAUAAUCUUGUUGAAACUGUUGAAUGAUUGGGAUAUCAAAAUAAGGAAUGAAGUGAAAGAAAAAAUCAAAAAGGGAUACAUCAAAGGUGAUGAAGAUAAUGUGAUGAAUGAGGAGGUUUAUAGUUAUGAAUAUAUAAUACUAAGUAAUUUAUACCAACAUAGUAAAGAUUUGUUUUAUUCAAUUUCAUACUACUUUAUCAACUUCUACAAUGAUGCUACAAAGACAGGAUUGAGUACGAGUAAUGGGUCAGUUUCCGAUGACUUUAGUGUGAUUUAUGAAGUGGAAGAUGAAGAUGACGGUGGUGUUAACAUAAUCAAAAAUAUAUUAUUAAUCAUAAGGAAUAAAGAAAAGGACCAACGACUGAUUAGUGACCUGAUAAAUAAGCUGUACGGUGAUACAAGUUGUAAUAGUUUGAAAAACUGUGAUGAAGAUUCUUUUGAUAAUUUAGGAAAGGAGGAUUUUAUUAAAGAGUUCAGGGUAGAUAACAUAAUUUUAUACGCUUUACGAAACAUCAAGGAUGAUAUAACGAGGGAUAUAAUUGUUAAUUUAUAA